CACAAGAAAAAAUCAAAGAAAAAUAAAAAACAAAUCUUUAAUUCUUCCCAAGAUGGGAUUUUUCCUAGGUUACAUUCUGGGUUUCGCUGUUGCCUUCGGAUUGAUUGUGGGAUUCGCCAAAUACCAAACUAUCAGAUCCAAAAAGCGAAUUGAUUUGGCAGCAGCAAUAGCAGCAUUGGCUCGAAUAACUGUGCAAGAUUCAAGGAAGCUUCUGCCAGACAAAUUCUACCCUUCUUGGAUUCUUAACUGGCUUAACCAACACCUAGAUAAAAUAUGGCCUUAUGUUGAUGAGGCGGCAUCACAAGUGAUAAGGGACUCAGUAGAGCCAAUUCUUGAGCAAUAUAGGCCAGCAAUCUUGGCUUCUCUCAAGUUCUCCACAUUGACUCUUGGAACUGUAGCACCACAAUUCACAGGAGUUGCCAUAUUGGACAGUGAGCCUAAUGAGAUAGUUAUGGAAAUGGACAUGCAGUGGGAUGGAAAUCCAGACAUCGUGCUCGAAAUCAAGACUCGAGUUGGGGUGGCACUGCCAAUACAGGUCAAGAACAUUGGAUUCACAGGUGUUUUUAGGCUGAUAUUCAAACCUCUGGCUGAUGAGUUCCCAUGCUUUGGAGCUGUUUGUUUUUCCUUGAGAGAGAAGAGGAAUCUUGAUUUUACACUAAAAGUGAUUGGUGGAGAUUUAUCUUCAAUCCCAGGAAUAUCUGAUGCCAUUGAGGGCACGAUACGAGAUGCAAUAGAAGAUUCGAUCACUUGGCCUGUCCGAAAAAUUAUACCUAUACUACCUGGAGACUAUAGCUACCUAGAGGUUAAGUCGGUCGGAAUGUUGGAGGUGAAGCUGAUAGAGGCUAAGGAGCUGACAAAUAAAGACAUAAUAGGCAAAUCUGAUCCAUUUGCCAAGCUGUGCAUCCGCCCGUUGCCUGAUCGAACCAAAAACAGCAAAACUAUUGACAACCAAACAAGUCCAAUCUGGAAUGAGCACUUUGAGUUUGAAGUUGAGGACACUUCCACUCAGCACUUGACAAUCAAGAUCUAUGACGAUGAAGGAGUUCAAGCUGCUGAGCUAAUCGGCUGUGCUCUGGUGCCUCUGCGCAAUCUUGAGCCCGGUAAGGUGAAGGACGUGUGGCUGAAGCUCGUGAAGGAUCUUGACAUCCAGAGAGAUACCAAGAAUCGCGGCCAGGUGCAUUUGGAGCUGCUUUACUGUCCCUUUAGCACGGAGAAUGUUUGGAACCCGUUCGAUCCCGAUUUUAGGCUAACUUCUUUGGAGAAGGCACUGAAGCAUUUGACAGAAGAUGGUGCAGAUUCAAGUGGGAAAGUAGCUGCUGCUGCAAAGAAGGAUAUUAUUGUGAGAGGAGUUCUCUCCGUGACUGUGGUGUCUGCGGAGGGCUUGCCAGCCACCGAUCUCAUGGGCAAAUCGGACCCUUUUGUCGUGCUAACGAUGAAGAAAUCCGAGCACAAAAACAAGACAAGGGUGCUGAAUGACACAUUGAAUCCAGUUUGGAAUCAGACAUUUGAUUUUGUGGUUGAGGAUGGAUUGCAUGAGCUGCUGCUGGUUGAUGUUUAUGACCAUGACACAUUUGGGAAGGAUAAAAUGGGGAGAUGCAUAUUGACAUUGACAAGGGCUAUAUUGGACGGAGAAGUGACCGAUGAUUUUCCUUUAGAUGGCACUGAAUCAGGAAAGGUCAGGCUGCACAUCAAAUGGACCUCACGUUCUAUUAUCAGAGACUGA